CAGACAGGCAGGCUGGCAGCCUUCUCACUACAGCCAGCGCUUCUUGGAGCCGCAGUCACAAGCAGCAUCCCAUGCUUUUCACCUGCUUGGGAGUAAAACACGCGUCCAGUCCGUGAAGCAGCCACGAAGGGCAGGAGCACCGAGGCGUCCGGGUAAACAUGCUGGAAAACGGGAGGAAAGUGUUCAAGGAGGGUCUGCUGGAGAAACGGAGCGACGGGCUGCUGCAGCUCUGGAAGAAGAAACACUGCGUCCUGACCGAGGACGGCGUGCUGCUGCUGCCGCCCAAGCAACACGACCACCAGCAGCAUCACGGCGGCGGCGGGGACGCGGGCAAAGUCAAGGAGCUCCACUUCGCCAACAUGAAGACGGUGGACUGCGUGGAGCGGAAGGGUAAAUACGUGUACUUCACGGUGGUCAUGACGGAGGGGAAGGAGAUCGACUUCAGGUGCCCGCAAGACGAGGGCUGGAACGCGGAGAUCACUCUGCAGAUGGUCCAGUACAAGAACCGGCAGGCGAUCCUGGCCGUCAAGUCCACCCGGCAGAAGCAGCAGCUGCUCGUGGUGCAGAUGCCCGGACAAAAGACCGUGCGCAGCUCUCCGAACGUAGCGUGACCUGCGGCGAGUCCCGCAGACACUGGUGCACGAUUUGCGGUUAACUCAGCUGGUGGAUGAAUCUGAACCCGAGGUGCAUCUCUCCCUGCCGCUUCCCCACCGAGCCUCCAUUCUCCAGGAGAACCCCUCUUCCAUGCGGUGGUUUCCACAGACCUGCGCCUCGCCCUUUUUCAGUACAGAGACUUGUUUCACAAAAGACUCAUGGACAAAAAGCAUGUGAGAAAAAAGGAGCUGUGUUCUACCAUGCGAUGGGUUUAUCUCUUAUUUAUUAGAAGUGUAUAUAUAUAUUUUCUAUAAAAAUGUUACAUUGUUGAUAAAUGGAAGAGGAAGGAGUGGCUUUGCGGUUCAUAGCCUACAAGGCCAUUGGAAAUAAGCUUGCAUAUGUAUUAGGAUGGAUAUCGUAGGUUAGCCAAACCAGUUCACUAUUAGUAGAAUGUGUCACUGUCCAUUGUUUUAUUUUUCAACUGAACCAAAGACUCAUUUCAAAACAAUUUUUUUUCGCUUGUGCAGUGUUAUAACUCACAAUACUGAAGAUCUGUAGGGAGUCUAUAAGCUGAUAUACCUGCUCAGUAUAUACAAACAUUAUUUUCCGCUCUUCAUUUGUAUAGCGGCAGUAUAUGGGAGUGUUUUACGGUGUAAAUCGAUCGUAAUUUUGUUUUUGUUUUUUUGCUGCAUUCAUAGAUACAGAAGUUGUCUGAUAUCUUUGCUUUAUGUGAGUCUUAAAACUAAAGAAGAUGCUAGCUUAUCACACUCAGCUGGUUUUCAGUGGUUACAGAGCAGAGCUUAGUAACAGCAGAAGAUUAUUAGUGCAAAGUAAAGUGGAUGUGUGUGAGUUACAACACCAGUUUGCAGAAUCUGAGCUGCAAUCUGAGACAGGUUCAGUGGUUGUGCUAAAUCUUUUCUGGCAUGGCUGAAACAGAGAAGGAAAACUUAAAGAAACAGCAGACAGUCCCAACGUUCUCAGAGUUGUGUGGAAUCAGAGAUUGUAAAGCUUCUGUUUUUGAGUUUUACUGUCCUGUUAGGGGCCAAGCGAGUCUUUGCAGAGAGCUCAUGUGGCUUUUAAGUUAUAUUAAGUUUCUUACCAACUUCUGAAAUUUCAGGUUCAUAGGAAAUCCAAGUCCUUAUUACUUGGCGUAUUAAGUGACUACAUAAGCAUGAUUGGGUUAACAGUAUUACUAUAGUGAUUGUAGUAUGUCUGUAUGGACCCUACCUCCUCCUUCAGGGGCAGGCCGAUCUGAACGAAACUUUGCACAGACACUCAUACAGAGAUUAUUGACAUUUAUACAUAAAAAAAGACCUAUUUUAAAUGCCAGCUCUUUUGAUUUCCAUAUUCAUAGUCUCCCCAAAUGCAAUGUUACCUUCUCCACUUGCAAUUGGUUUCAUGUGUCACGUUAAACCUACUUGGUCCGUGUAAAACUUAAUGGUCAUCAGAAUUUGAUUCUUUUAGAAACUUUGUAACUGAAAGAAUCAACUAGUAAAAACUAGUAAAGCGCUAUACAAAUACAGACCAUUUACCAUUUUACCAUUUGUUCAAAUCACUACUAAAGACGGAGAAAUUGAAAAAAGUGCUGCAGGUCCAGAUUUUGAGUUGUUCACUGUGAUACUUACUAUCAGUAAGUAAUGUAUCAACAAGCAUUGUAGUUGUACAAAUGUUUCUCUAAUGUCCAUGUUGCACAACAAAAUAUUGUGGCAUUUAGACCUGAUAGGUUUUGUUUUCCCAGUUAGCUGUAUUUUGAUAGGAGUUUGUGAAUUUAAGCUAGCCAGCCAUCCAAGUAAAGCUAAAGCACCGUCAUUCGCUGUGCUAACAGACAUUUAUCAUGACCACUGAGAUUCUUUCUGUCUCUGUAGCAGCUCUGCCUCUGAGAAAUGUUUGUAAAACCACAACACUCGUUUGCAAAGUUUUAAUAGGCAUGACAUACUUUUCAUGUGAAAGCAAACAGACCGAUAAUACUUUGAAACGGUGUGGUACAUGGCAACAUUUACAGGGACAUGCUGGGUAAUGGGCUCAGAAAUGUCCUUGAUUGGUUUUCACGAUGGAGGAAUAUCGUGCUGUCAGGAAACAUUUUAUCUCACUGUGGCUCAUGUCGUUUCCUGUUAGCUGGCAGUUUCCCUCUGCUAUCCCCACUUGCCAGCGUAUCACCGGCAGACCAGCACAUGUCUCCGUGUUGUUGUCAUCUCCCACACAGGGUCACAGCUUUGCCCUUUAUCUAAUGCAACUGGUGUGAUGCUUCUCUGACAUUCCUUCCUGUUGCCAUCAUUACACACAGUUAUAGCUGUGCCCUUUGUAGCCACUGUUCAAUUUCUUAUUUCAACGUGAGAUCUAUUUUCAUACCUCGAUACAAGAUACAUUCCAUUAAAAAAAACAAAAAAGCAAGAAAAAACCAAACCAAACU